AUGGCGGCCACGUACGACCCGGCCGCGGUGGAGGCGGACUGGUAUCCGUGGUGGGAGAAGUCUGGCUUCUUCAGACCCACCUCAGACCACAACUCUGAGGCGGCGGCCAAGCCUUUUGUGAUUGUCGCCCCGCCACCGAACGUCACGGGCUACCUGCACCUGGGCCAUGCCCUCACGGGCGCCGUGCAGGACACCCUCAUCCGCUUCCACCGCAUGAAGGGCGACAACACCCUCUACUUGCCCGGCACUGACCACGCCGGCAUCGCCACCCAGGUCGUCGUGGAGCGUCGCGUCAUGAAGGAGGAAGGGAAGAGCCGGCACGACCUCGGCCGCGACGAGUUCAUGAAGCGCCUGUGGGAAUUCAAGAAGAGCCACGCUGGCAUGAUCACGGAGCAGUUCCGCAGGAUCGGCUUAUCGCUGGACUGGACGCGCGAGCGCUUCACGAUGGACGAACAGUCGUCUGCGGCUGUUGUAGAGGCGUUUGUGCGCCUGCACGAGGAUGACCUGGUGCACCGCGACACACGUCUGGUGAACUGGUGCUGCGCGCUGCAGAGCGCCAUCUCUGACCUGGAGGUCGAGUUUGUCGACGUGGCCAAGACAUCUAAGAUGACUAUUCCUGGCUAUGACCGCAAAGUCGACAUGGGCAGCCUCACUCACGUCGCCUACAAACUGGCGGACAGCGACGACGAGCUGGUGAUUGCGACAACGCGUCCUGAGACGCUGCUGGGCGAUACGGCCGUCGCCAUCCACCCCGACGACGAGCGCUACAAGAAGUUCCAUGGCAAGUUCAUCAAGUGCCCGUUCCGCGAUGACAUCAUCCCGAUCGUGCUGGACGCGACACUGGUCGACAUGAACUUCGGCACCGGCGCCGUGAAAAUCACCCCAGCUCACGACCCAAACGACUUUGAGUCCGGCAAGCGCCACAACCUGCAGCAGCUGGUCAUGAUGGACCUGAAGGGCUACGUGACGAUGGAGCCGUUCAAGGGCAUGCACCGCUUCGACUGCCGCCGCGAGAUCGUGAAGAGGCUGGAGGAGAUGGGGCUGCUACGCGGCGUGGAGCCGUACGAGUACCGCGUGGGCCGCUGCGAGCGCACUGGCGACAUUGUGGAGCCGAUGCUGAUGCCCCAGUGGUUCAUAGACUGCUCCGAUAUGGCCCGCCGCUCCGUCGAGGCGGUGCGCAACGGCGACCUGCGCCUGUACCCGUCCUCGCACGAGGCUGUCUGGUACCACUGGCUGGAGAACAUCAAGCCGUGGUGCGUGUCGCGUCAGCUCUGGUGGGGCCACCGGAUUCCUGCCUACAAAGUUGUCGGUUCGUUGCCAAAAGAUGAGGACCCGUGGGUGGUCGCACGCAAUCUGGAGGAGGCGCACGCGAAGGCCAAGAAGAAGUUCGGCCUGACUGACGAGCAGGUGGCGGAGGCUUCGUUUGAGCAGGACCCGGAUGUGCUGGACACCUGGUUCAGCUCCGGCCUCUGGCCCUUCUCCACGCUCGGAUGGCCCACCGACUCGGACGACAUGAAGCGCUUCUUCCCGAACUCGCUGAUGGAGACCGGCCACGAUAUCCUGUUCUUCUGGGUGGCUCGCAUGGUAAUGCUUUCGCUGCACUUCACAAACAAGCUUCCAUACAAGGAGGUGUUUCUGCAUGCAAUGGUGCGCGACAAGAACGGCGAGAAGAUGUCCAAGUCGAAGGGCAACGUCGUCGACCCACUCUACGUCAUCCACGGCGUCUCGCUGCAGACCCUCCACGACACCGUGCGCAGCGGCAACCUGAGCGACAAGGAGGUGGAGAAGGCCAUCAAACAGCAGAAAGAAUUCUUCCCAGAAGGCAUUCCCGAGUGCGGUAGCGAUGCCCUGCGCUUCGGCCUCCUCUCCUACACCCAGUCUGGCCGCAGCGUCAACCUCGACAUCCAACGCGUCGUGGCCUACCGCCAGUUCUGCAACAAGCUGUGGAACGUGGUGCGCUACGUUCUGUAUCACGCCCUGGGCACUGACUACAUGCCCAGCAAGCAGCAGUUCAGCCCCGCCGAGGACGCCGCCACGCUGCCGCUCGAGUGCCGCUGGAUUCUCUCGCGCCUCGACGCCGCCAUCGAGGAGGUCACGCAGGGCUUGUCGGAGGGCCUCUACGACUUUGCGCUGGCCACCGGCGCCAUCUACCGCUUUUGGCUGUACGAGCUGUGCGACGUGUUCCUUGAGUUGACGAAGCCGACCAUUCAGAAGGGCGGAGCGAAGCAGCAGCUGGUGCAAGACGUGCUUCUGCACGUCGUUGAGAAGGCGCUUCGGCUGCUGCACCCGAUGAUGCCGUUUCUCACGGAGGAGCUGUGGCACCGCCUGCCCAACUACAGCAGCUUCGGUAGCGAGUCGAUCAUGCUCGCCAAGUACCCGACACCGAACGGGUGGUUGAGCGCGGCGUCGGAUAGUGCCAUGUCGAUCAUUCUCGACGUCGUGCACAGCGUACGUUCUACUAAGGCCUCGUACUCGCUAACAAACAAGCACAAGCCAGACGUGUGGGUGACGGCGCACACGACGGAGCUGCAGGAGCUGUUUGCGGCGGAAAAGAUGAUGAUCUCAACCCUCGGUUUUGUCGGCGAGGUGACUGUCGUGUCCCCGGCCGAGGAGGCAGCGGCGGUGCCGAAGGGCUGCGGCUUCUCCUUGGUGACAAAGGAGGUGGGCGUGAACAUGAUGCUGAUGGGCUUCAUCGAUGUCGCGAAGGAGGUGGCCAAGUUGGAGAAGCAGUUGGACGGCCUCACGAAGCAGAUUGAGGGAAUGAAGAAGAAGAUGUCCAUCCCCAAUUACGAAACGAAGGUGCCGGCAGAGAUCCGCGUAGCCAACACGGAGAAGCUCGACACGCUAGAGGCGCAGAGCGCGCAGCUGCGCGAUGGCAUUGGGAAGAUGAGCAGCCUCAAGUGA